AUGGAAGGUUUCAAUGCCACAAUAUUUGCAUAUGGCCAAACAUCUUCUGGCAAAACACACACCAUUUUGGGCAAUAAAACAGAUCCUGGGCUUUUCCAAUUAGUAUCCAAUCAGUUAUUCCAGCAUGUGGCAGACCAGGUUGAUAAGAGGUACUUGAUUAGAUGCAGUUAUAUUGAAAUCUACAAUGAAAAGAUCAAUGACCUCCUGGAUAAGAGCAAUCAGGGUUUAACUAUAAGAGAAGAUAUCAAAGGAAAUGUGCUGCUUGAUGCAAGGGAAGCUGUCGUAGACAAUGUUGAUAAAGUUAUGGAGAACAUGAUGCAGGGCAAGAUCAGACGAGUUGCAGCUACUCGCAUGAAUGAGAGGUCAUCUCGAUCACACACGAUUUCCGGAUUAUUCUGGAGUCGAAAGAUGCCAAUCAGAAAGAUGGACCUGUACAUAUAA